CCGAAUUUUGACUGUCUAAACGGGAAAGAAACUGAAUCGAGUCUCUUCUCUCCUUCUUGAAGAAGCAGAAAGAAGAGUGGUCCUCUUCCUUUCCUACUUUCCUCUUUCCCCCUAUCCCCAUCCCCCUACCCCACCCCGGCCUCUCCUCGGACUUCUCCCACCCCCCAUGCACCUGCUAGGUUCCGCUGUGACCAUGGCAGACGGGAGCUUCUCCCUCUCUGGACAUCUGGUUCGGAGCCCCACAGCAAACCCCUCGCGGCUACACAGCAUCGAGGCCAUUUUGGGAUUUACCAAGGACGAUGGGCUCCUCGGCUCCUUCCCGGCAGACAGAGGCGCCCGUGCCUCUAAGGAGCAAGACAAGAGGGCAGGGACCCGCCUCAACUUACCCAGAGCACCGGGAGAGGCAGAGGCUCCACCGCCACCCCCGCCUCCUCCCCAACUCCCUGUUUCCAUGCUGCCCCCAGCCCAGUCCCAGGCCGAGGAGUACGAAGAUGCUUGCUCUUAUGGCCCCAAGGAGCCGGGAGAAGAAUGUCUAAGCCCAGAGCUGCCUGCCUGCCACACCCCUAGCGACGGGAAGCUGUCAGACGAAGAGCAGCCCAAGAAGAAACAUCGUCGGAACCGCACCACUUUCACCACCUACCAGUUGCAUGAGCUGGAGAGAGCCUUUGAGAAGUCCCAUUACCCAGAUGUUUACAGCCGGGAGGAGCUGGCCGUAAAGGUCAACCUGCCUGAGGUCCGGGUCCAGGUGUGGUUUCAGAACAGGAGGGCCAAAUGGAGAAGGCAAGAGAAGCUGGAAGUGACCUCCAUGAAACUGCAAGACUCUCCCAUCCUCUCUUUCAACCGCUCCCCGCCAUCCACUGCCUUGCCACCCAUCGGGGGAGGGGUGGGAGGUGGCGGCGGCGGCGGCGGCGGGGCGACCCUGCAGCUGGAGUCGUGGCUGAGUCCGCCGCUGCCGGGCAGUGGAGGAGUCGGCGGCGGCAGCACCUCCUUACAGAGCCUGCCAGGCUUCGUGACCUCCCCGCAGGGCCUUCCAGCCAGUUACACCCCACCACCACCCUUCUUGAACUCCCCUCCUCUAGGGCACAGCCUGCAGCCUCUAGGGCCGCCUCCGCCUCCUCCUUACCAGUGCGGAGCUAACUUUGUGGACAAGUUUUCCCUGGAGGAAGCAGAUCCCCGGAAUACCAGUAUCGCUGCGCUGCGCAUGAAAGCUAAGGAGCACAUCCAGUCGAUUGGGAAGCCUUGGCAAGCCAUAUAAAACCAUCGACUUCUCUCUACUCCUAACCCCCCAAGGGAAUUAGGCUUUAGCCUUUCCCGGAACCAAACAGAGACUUACUUCCUUCUAAUACACUUCAUACCGAUUCUGUGACUGGAUCGCCUAAGCUGUUGCAAUGGAUUCGAACCUUUCGAGGGCGUCCCUUCCCUUUCUGGAUGUGCUCCCUGUCCCCCCCCUCCCCCCCUCCCCCCCUAUGAAGCAUUCCGCUUCAGCCCCAGGGAGCCGGACUGCCUCCAAUAAGCCAGGGACCAUGGAGAGAGUUAGCCCGGGCUUUGCUAAAGCAAGGGGAUGGGGCUUGAUGGAAAUCCUCCGAGUAUCUGUUUAAGGAAUAACUAAAAGCAUUCCGGAACUACCUGUCCUCUCCAUCCUAUUCCACUAACUCAACAGUUCCAUGAAGUAAAUGAGCGUUCUCUUUCUAAAGUAACUGAACUCAUUCAAUUACUCCUUAUUUAGCCCAGGCUAAAAGCAACCCACCAAAGAGAGGGAAAGGUCGCGGUGAGCAUUGGGACUUUUUUUUUUUUACCUGUUCUCUAAAUUGCCGGUGACUAGCUAUCCUCUCCAAGAUUAUAUCGACUGGGACACGGAGUGAGGCUGGGGGGAAGGUUGGAGGAAAAAAGCAGGACAAAUAGGUUUUAAGAAGCGGUUUAUACUUAGCAUAGUUUCUAAAUAUCAUUGGAGAGUAUUAAAGACUACUUUCUGUGAUUAUACUUGGGUUGUCUGAGGUUGUAAGGACCACGGGAGAUGGUGGGGAAAGGGAGGCCGAGAAAUGGGCAAAUUUUCCCAAAGUAACUGAAGUCUGAUGUUUUGGCAGUGCUGAAGAUCUUAGAAUUUUCUGAUCAGACUGGUGGAAAUUCCAGAAAUCACCUCAGUGUCUUGACUCUUGAGGAAACAGAUUGCUGCCGUUCUCUGUAGCUCUAAUUCCCGACGACUGGCAGAAAUGCCCUCCUCUUCUUCCUCUUCCCAGAGAGACCACAGAGAAGAGUGUAAGAAGGGUUACUUGCUCUCUUCCGGAAAUUAUUUUUAGGCAAGCUCACAAUUCACUUAUUAUGCAUACUGGUUGCUUCUUUGUCUAAUUGCUGCAGGCGGUUACUUUGAGUAAAUGACAGAAGCAGGAAGGUGCCUAGGCUACCUUCCCUGGGAGUGGAUGGAGUGUUGGUUAUAUCUACUCAAUUGGUUCAAAGUAUCACACCACAGAACUGCCUU